AUGAACGCGCCUGAUCGUUUCGAGCUCUUCUUGCUCGCCGAGGGCGAGAGGAAGAUUGAGGAGAAGGUCUACUCUGGAAUGUCCAACACGUCAGACUUCCUACUCAAGAAGGAAGAUCACACCCUCGGCCACCUGCUCUCCGAGCACCUCAAGUUCCCCCCCCCCGCCUUUUUCGUCUUUCACCGCUCCUCUUACUAUAAAGUUGCGCGACAUGCAUCGCUAACAUGGUCCGCAGUCGGCCACCCCAACGUCCCCGAGCUCUUCAUCCGCGUGCAGACGGACGGCACCGUGUCGUCGCGGGACGUCUUCACAUCGGUGUGCGAGAAGCUCAUCAACCAGCUCGAGAUGCUGCACCAAAAGUUCACGCGAGAAUGGGAGCUGCGGCGCAUUGCCAACACGGGGAACCAGGCCGGCAUGCAAUCCAACGGCCUGUGA